CGAAAAAAGAAGUAAAAAUGACGAAACUAUUAUUGGCCUUGUGUCUCGUCUUGAGUGCGUUACUAACGUUGGGCCACUGCACAGCGUCGGAAGGUGACGUCAUCAUGAAAGACGGCCACCGUGUUGUUGUGGUGGAGUACGACGGAGACGGGAAAACCAACACCAGAGUCUUGAUUUCACCGCCGGGAAAAGGACGAGAAGGAGAAGGAGAAGAAGAAGAGAAGAGGAGAGACGAAAGAGAAGUGUUUAGAAAUGUGAAAAAGAAAGUGAUAGAAACGGCGUCGUCUCUUCCGGUUAUCGGCCAAGUAGAGGAGGAGAGUGAACACCGCGCGUCGCGAGGAGAAGUCAUAUGCGAUGCCGUCGGUAAGUGUAGGCACAAGAUGGCAACACUGUUGCGGAGAGGCAACGGUCGAACGGGCAGCGAGAAUACUAACGAUGCCAAGGAGAAGUUUGCACGUGACGUAGAAGAAACUGUGGGCAAGGAGGCCCAAUAUGCUGAAGAGAAAGUCGCAGAUAAAGCUUAUGAAGCUAAGAAAGCGGUGAAUGAAAGGGCCAUAAAGAAGGCCCAUACGGCCCAAAACGUCUGGGGGAAUGCACAGCUCACGGUGCGACGGUUAGGAACGGCGGUUGCGGCGGCGCUGACGAAGAUCGGGAAUGUGGUGAGUUUGAUCGGGAUCGCGGCGGCGUACGGGAUGUGCGUGUGGGUGACGGUGGUGUCGAAGUACUUGUUGGGUUCGGUGCUUGGGAGGCAGCAAUUCGGUGUGGUGGAGAGGAAGGUGUAUGCGGUGUACUUCAAGGCAAUCUCUGCAGGGAUUCUGGUUGGGCUGCUAGGACACGUCAUUAGCCGGCGGCGGAUGGUCUUUACCGAUGCGGUGGAGAUGUGGCAGGCCGUUAACCUCUUGUCUUCGAUUCUGAUGGUCGAAGCUAAUGCCUCAUUUGUUGAGCCACGAGUCACCAAGGCAAUGUGUGAGAGGAUAAAAGUGGAAAAGGAAGAAGGGAGAGGACAUGGCGCGUCAGAGUCACAUUCCAGUGAAGCAGCGGUUCGAACCGGUCGUGAGAAGGUUAAAAAGAAGAUAGAUCAGCAGAGACUGACGAAGCUGAAUGAGAGGCUGAGUCGGUUAAAUGGGUACUCGUCGCGGCUAAAUUUACUGACACUUAUGUCUCUCACUUGGCACUUUGUGUAUCUCGGUCAUCGACUGAGCCUCACUUGUUGAUAAAUCGAGACAGCCACUGAUACAAUUAGUUGUUUUUGUGCUUAAAUGUUUGUGUUACAUUUCUGAUAUCUCUUGUGUGAAAAAUCGUAUUUUUAUGCUAAUUUUGACGCAAAUUUAGAUAUUAUUAAAGGUUACGGACUCAAAGAUCUAUCUCCAUGUCUAAGGAGAUUGUAAAUGAAGG